AUGCCAUCGCCGAUAUCUGAGAGUCGCAAUAGGGAGUUCCUGCUGCAGGGUGAUGAGUGGCAGAAGUCUGUCAAUAAUGGUUAUCUGAGGACAACGUCGGCACAUCUGGAACGAAGUGUCGGGGUGGAAAAUGGGUCUGGUGCGCCCGCCCAGGUGCCCACAGAUGCUGCAGGGAUGCAGUCAGUGGACGAGGCCACAGGGAUCCUCUUGCAGCCUGAGACAAUGCCAGAGAGUGGCCUCCAGGAAGUGGCAGCACCACAAAAGACCUCCACGGUCGUUCACUUUGCUCCCGGAUCCGUGCCCCAGACUUCUGUGCAGCGUGGUCUGCCCAUUGAGUUCAUGUACAGAGACACGAAGCUCAGGCGGCGUCUGCUGGUCCUUGCCGUGGCUCUGAUGGUCCUGGGAGCCGCCAUCGGUGCCCUGUCUAUUUACUUUGCGGGCACAUUCAACUGCUGCUCUACCAGGGAAAGUCUUCGUGAGCGGGAAGUUUGUCUCACUGAGGAGUGUAUAAGGACUGCAUCCUCCCUUCUCGCCGCAAUGGACCGCACGGCGGAUCCGUGCACGAAUUUCUUUCAGUAUGCUUGCGGGACGUGGAACAAAAAGCACCUGAUCCCGGAGGAUCGCAGCUCUAUCAGUACAUUUGAGGUGUUGGCGGAUCAGCAGCAGGUCAUUCUCAAGGGUGUCUUGGAGGAGGCGGAGAAUAGCGAGGACAGCGAGGCGACACUGAAGGCGAAGAAGUUUUAUAAGAGCUGCAUGGAUUUGCAACAAAUCCGCAAGAUUGGCGACCUACCACUCAAGGAGGUCAUCAAGUCACUCGGCGGGUGGCCAGUGACUGAGGACAAGUGGGUGCCGCCAGCAUUCAGCAUUGAGUAUCUGUUUGGGAAGCUGAGAGGAGACUAUAGUGAGCCAGUGCUGGUGGAACUGUUUGUGGGACCGGACGAUAAGAAUUCGUCUGUAAAUAUUCUGCAACUAGAUCAACUGGUGCUGGCCCUGCCGUCGCGGGACUACUACCUGAAGGAAAGUAGCGAAGGGGAUUUGAGGGCAUAUCAUCGGUACAUGACUCAAGUGGCUGUUCUGUUGGGAGCGAACCCAGACACGGCGUCCAAGGAACUUCAAGAUGUGGUGAAGUUCGAAAUGAAGCUGGCUAAUGCAUCACUCCCAGAGGCUGAUCGCCAUGACACGAGCUCAAUCUACAGGAAAUUGACUCUGCCUGAACUGCAAAAUGAAGUACCACAACUUCAAUGGCGAGAAUACAUUCAGGCCAUUCUGGGUGCGGAUGUGCAACUGAUUGAGGACGAACCAGUCGUGAGCUACGCUAUGACAUACCUAACGGAGAUGGGCAGGAUUCUGGCUGAAACUGAUCGUCGCGUUGUGCACAAUUACGUGAUUUGGCGACUCGUCAUGUCAAUCAUGACACACAUGAUUGACGACUAUCAGAGGGAGCGCAUUGAGUUCAGGAAGAUUCUAUUGGGCAUUCAGUCGGAGCGUCACAGAUGGUCGCAGUGUGUUGAGUGGACAAACAAGAAGCUGGGCAUGGCGGUGGGAGCACUCUUUAUUCGGGACAACUUCAAUCAGGAGAGCAAGGAAACGGCCCUGGAGAUGAUUCACACCAUUCGGGAGGCCUUCAAUGAAUUAUUAGCUGACAUUCACUGGAUGGACGAUGAAACACGGGCAGUGGCGAAGGAGAAGGCAGACGCAAUGAAUGAACGUAUUGGAUAUCCGGAGAUUCUGACGGAUUCACAGGAGUUGGAGAAGGAAUAUGUGAAUCUUACAAUCUCAGACACUAACUUCAUGGACAACAUCAUGCAGAUUCUCAAGUGGGAUGCACAAAGGAAUCUCCAGCUGUUAAGGAAGGCUGUGGACAAGGACAAGUGGACUACUGAGCCGGCCGUUGUGAAUGCCUUUUACAAUCCAAAUAAGAAUGACAUUGUUUUCCCAGCAGGAAUCCUGCAGCCACUUUUCUACAGCCAGAACUUCCCCAAGUCACUGAAUUACGGUGGGAUUGGUGUAGUGAUUGGACACGAGAUCACGCAUGGCUUUGAUGAUAAGGGGAGGCAAUUUGACAAGGAUGGAAAUAUGAUGCAGUGGUGGAAUAAUGCAACUAUCCAGGCGUUUAGAGAGCGCGCACAGUGCAUAAUUGACCAGUAUUCCAAGUACAAGAUCGACGAGGUGGGAUUGUACAUGAACGGGAGAAUGACUCAGGGGGAGAAUAUUGCUGAUAAUGGGGGUCUGAAGCAAGCUUUCAGGGCCUACAAGAAGUGGGUGAGAAACCAUGGAGCAGAACCUGACUUGCCAGGACUCAAUCUCACGCACGAUCAACUCUUCUUUCUCAAUUACGCCCAGAUCUGGUGUGGAUCAAUGCGUCCUGAGGAUGCUCUCACUAAGAUUCGCUCUUCUGUGCACUCACCUGGCAUUAUUCGCGUGCUCGGACCAUUAUCUAAUUCCAAGGACUUUGCGGCGGCCUAUAAAUGUGAUUUGGGCACCCCUAUGAAUCCCGUCAACAAGUGCAGUGUGUGGUGAAGAUCUCCUGGUCAUCGAGUGGAACAACAAUACUUCAUAUGAACACUAACUAUCGUCUUUUUGGUGCUCCGUUUAAGUAGCUGUAAUUGAUACUUUCUUCCGCGCCCCGCCCGUGUUUUUUGCACAAGGAACUACCUGACUAUUAUUUUAUACUGAUGGAAAAAAGAUAUAUAGAAAAGCAUAGUUCCUCACACAAUCACCCAAUUGCUUACAGCCAUGAAACACCCCACGAAAAAAGUACAUUAGAGAUGCAAUUGACAGUCAUAAAUAUAGUAUUUAGAUAGUAUUCUGUGUCAAGUAUUAUAUCGUAUAUAUUAUGGCAAUGAAUGUUUACUACUGUACUUACUAUUGCUAUGGAAAAGUAUUUUAUUUGUAAAAAUUACAGAAAUUUGUGAGAAAUCACGUGUUGUUGUCUGUUUU